GUACAUUAAAAUAUUGAUAUCAUGGAAGUCAAAUGGGAAAUAACGUUCAAAAUGCUCUAAUUUGCAUGGAUUUCGACAGUCGAUCUCUAGCAAAAAUAGUUUAAAUUAAAGUUUAUUCUCGAACAUGGCUCAUCGCCGAUUGAGAAGCGAUUUUGAUGGUAAAAUCGCUGGUUUAUAUGACCUGGAAGAGACGAUUGGAGAAGGCCAUUUUGCCGUUGUUAAACUUGCAAGACAUGUAUUUACGGGCGAAAAAGUUGCUGUAAAAGUUAUAGAUAAGAAUAAAUUAGAUGAAGUGUCAAAGGCGCAUCUCUUCCAAGAAGUAAGAUGUAUGAAGCUUGUACAACACCCAAACGUAGUACGUUUAUAUGAAGUGAUUGAUACUCAAACCAAACUGUACCUGAUUCUAGAACUUGGAGAUGGUGGGGACAUGUAUGAUUAUAUCAUGAAACAUGAAAAAGGAAUAGAAGAAAACAAAGCAAGACAUUAUUUUAGCCAAAUUGUAGAAGCUAUUUCAUAUUGCCACAGGCUCCACGUAGUUCACAGAGACUUAAAGCCAGAAAAUGUUGUUUUCUUUAAGAAGUUGGAAGUAGUGAAAUUGACAGAUUUCGGUUUUAGCAAUAUGUUUAAUCCAGGAAAUAAAUUAGAAACAUCAUGUGGUUCGUUAGCUUAUUCUGCUCCAGAGAUCUUGCUUGGGGAUUCAUAUGAUGCACAAGCAGUUGAUAUAUGGAGCCUUGGAGUGAUUCUCUUUAUGCUGGUGUGUGGGGAGGCUCCAUUUCAGGAAGCAAGUGAUAGUGAGACGCUGACCAUGAUCAUGGAUUGCAAGUACAAGUUUCCACCGCAUGUAUCACAGCCAUGUCGAAAUCUUAUCUCCCUGAUGUUGCGCCGUGAGCCAGGCCAAAGGGGAAAUCUGCAGCAGAUCGAAAAACACGAGUGGUUGAGAAAAGGUGGAGAUGAUGUGCCACAUUUCCACAUGCCCCUUAUCUCAAGAGAACAGGUGUCUGAAGAGGAUCAUGUCAGUGUCAUUGAGAAAAUGGUGGAAGGAUGUAUUGCCUCAAAGGAUGAGAUUUUGAUGUCCAUAGAGAAGGAUAUGUACAACCACAUUACGGCCACAUACUACCUUCUGGCUGAGAGACGUCUGCGCAAGCAUCGACAGGAUAUGGUGAACCAGGCAGCCAUGUUCCAGCUCCGUAAACACUCUGCCCCACCAGGGUCAAAACCAAAGCUGGAGCCGUUAGCUCUGUCUCCGCGAAAACAGAGAGAAAUUAAGAAAACAAGGACAGUCCCCCUCAACCAAGAUGCAGCUGCACAAAUGCUCGCUAUUGCUGAAAGUCCCUCACAUGAUGAUGCAGACAAAGACCCACAGUCUGGAUACUUCAAAUCAUUAACGUCUAGCCAAACACUGGACAGGCGAUCUAAAACAAAGCUCCAAGAUCUGGAAUCUGGUCCUGGUCCUAUUUGUCCAAAGCCAGUACGUCCGCUUAAUCUGAUGACAAGAAGCGUGCCAGAAAUACAAGAGCCAAUACGAGCAAAACUGAAGAAGCCUCGUAACUUUAACAAGAUCGCAAUUCUUAGCUCCUUCUUCGAGCAGAAGAUUGCUCAGCUGGCUGGAAAUGGGGCUUCAAAGAAGAAGAAGGGAAAAUCUUGGAGAAUUCUUGCAUUUAAAAAGGACAGAAGAGUGAAGAUGCGCGGCCUGCCUGACAUCUCUAAUCUUGACACUCCAGCUAACUCCUCCUUUGAGGACUGCCAACAAAGCAAGGACGCGGAAUCAGCAGAUGUCUUCAAACACCAGUUUCCAAAGCAGAAGGGCCUCGUCAUGUCUCUCCUUUCCCCACAGGGAAUCCACCCGACCCCAUCAACAUCACUACGAGACACUAGCCCGGCGACACGCAAAUGUAGCCUUAUUCAGGAAGAAAGCGUCGAUGAAGGGGAUGAGGAGGACGAAGAUGCCGAUCUUGAGAUCGAUAAUUACACAGAGUUGAUUAGGGCGUCUAAGUCUGUGGAAAAUUUGGAUAUUGAUGAAAACCAUAGUCAGAAUGCGUCACCAGUUAGAGAAGUGAGAGAUAGGGAAGAUCAGUCGACAUCAAUGUUUGUGAAACGGCCUCUGUUGAGUGUGGCAAGUUCUCCACAGUUGUUAAAUCAGAUCUGCGAGGAAAAUGAAUCAGAAGAAGAUGAGGAUUUUGUUCCCCCGAGGUUGAGUUUGCAUAGUAGAGUGUUGACAAAGAGGAAUAGUGUGGCUUCUCCAGAGGUUAUAAGGAAAUAUGAACAACGCAGGAAACAUAGAACAUCUGUUGGAUCUCGGGGAACGAGCUGUAGUAGCUCUGACGCUAGUGAUACAGAUGAUACAGAGGGACGUUCAAGAAAAGAUAAACUAAAACAGAAAUUUAUACACCGGAGAGACAGUAGUGAUCAUUCUAGUGAUACAGAUGGGGGCCCAAGUGGGCAUGGAAAUGGUGGGUUUGGACGAGGACUGGGGGGUGGGGGGUCAGGAGGGAAUAAUGGAAGGGGAGGAGAUGAUAAGGGGGAUGGUGGGGGAAAAAGGGACAGAAAAGGGGGCAGUCCAAAAAGUGGUCACAGUCAUCACGGAAAAGGGAAGCAGAAUCAUUUGAGUUUUAAGAUUGGUGGGGAUUUGAUAAAAGCAGGAAGCGUGGGAAGAAUUAGUGAAUGCUCGACCGUGUCAAAUAAUAGCCUAUCAAGCUUACGUAGUAGAAGUAGCUUGAAAUACGUCAUUGAAAGAGAUGAGAACAUAUCAGAUAGUGAUGCAGAAGAUAAUGCCGAUGGUGAAAACGAGGGGGGGGAUAAUGAAUUGAAGAAAUUAAGGAAAUCUUUGUUAGAAAAACUUAAUCAGGAAAAUAAGAUGAAGAGCAGGUUGAAUAAACUAGAAAAAGGUGACUCAAGUGUUCUGAAGAAAUCUUCAACGGAGGAUUUAAAUAAACUGAUUUUAGCCCGAUGUUCGCUGUCGUGUAGUAUUACUGGAAAAGAGAACAGUGGUCGUGGUCUGAAAAUGGAUAUUAAUAGUAACAUGUCGUGUAAGCAAAGCUGCAAGGUUGAUCCUGUCAAGAUAGAGACAAAGUGUUGUUCGCUGGUGUAAGUCUGAUUCCAGAUACUGGCAGACCGUAUCAUUUAUUUCGUGAAAAAGGUUAUUUAUUGUGUAUUCAAGAAUGAAUUGUUUAAAUCAAGAUUUUAAUGCAAUUAUUUUGUGUGAUAUGUUUGCUUUAGAGUGAAUUUUAGAGCUGUACUGAAGUUGUCAAGAGUUGUAUGUGUUCUGAAAAAUUCAUGAGCAUAUUAAUUUAUUCUAAUUGACAAUUGUUCGUAUCAACAUCCCAUUCUGGUAGAUUUUUAUGAUUUAAUGAGAUUAUAUACCCUUGCUAUGAUAAUUUGAAAUCAUGACAAAACCUUCAUUUUGUAUCAAUCAUUUGUUAACAUUUUUUUUAUUUUAACUAUCAUUAUAACAAUAUUUUUUUUUAAAUAGCUUAAACUCUUAAGAAUAUAGACAUUUUUACAUAUAUUAAUGCAUUUGGUGCAAGAUUUAUUCCACAUAAAAUCAAACAAACUUAUUUUGUUCAGGUAAUAAGCUAUUUAUAGCUCUGUAAUGCUAUGUCUUAUUUUCUGUAUAAGUAUUAGCUUGUAUAACUGUCAACACUCGAAUAGUCCAGGUGAUAUUUUUUAUGGUUACGACAAACAGAUUAUUUUCUGUGCACCAUUUUAAUAUAUAGCCUUAGUUUUACUCCAGUAUUCGUCUUCAUAAUGAUAGUUGUACAAGCGUUACCUUGAAUGUGUUAUAUUAUGGAAGGUUGUUUUUAACUCUACUGGCCAAAGGCAAUGGCAAUGGCAAUGUGUACGUCGUAUGUGUGUCUGUAAACAAUUGCUCGUGAACACAAUACAGUCUUUAGUUUUGAUUGUAUCUCAAUGAAAUGUACAGUAGUUAGAUAUCCAUCAGAGCUCGGUUCCUUGCGAAAACCAGCCCAUGCAUGGCCAGAUUAUGGCCCUUGAAAGUAUUAAAAAAAAAUGCUAUUUUUGGCCAAGUCUAUAGCCAAGUCUAGGGUUAAAGAGAGACAACUUGUGUUUUGGUUGUGCAGUUGGUUUUAUGUUGUACGCUCCCUUGCCCUUGUUAAAAAGAGAUCACAAUUACAGUUGGGGUUGGUUGAUUUUUAGCUCUAUUGGCCAAAGACCAGAAGUGUCUUUCGUUCGUGCACCCAUCUGAACACAAUUGCUUGUGAAGAUUUGUUCAAAUUAUGCCCCUGGGGUCAUUACUGGCCACACACCAGGGUUCACAGGUUUGGUAUACUUACGGUAUAUACUUUCAAAAUCUUCUCGUUUCUAACCACAAGGCUCAUACCUUUGAUAUUUGUUGUGGAGCAUCAUAUGAUGACCCUCUACCAAGACAGUUGAAAUUAUGCCCUUGGGGCUAAAGCUGGCCCCAACCAUUUUGACCUACUUGCUUAUAUUUUUAAAGUUACAAAUAUUAAUGUUGUCCUUGGAUGACCUUAACUGUGACCUUUUGACCUACAUUUUCUCAAAUAUAUUAAACCUCGACUAACUUUUUUUAUUUGAAAAAAAUCAUUUCUGUCUUGUCUUGACUUCAUUAUCAAUGUUAUGGUCUUAAUCUUUAAAAUGAUAGGAAAGCAUAAUCUGUAAAAAAAAAGAAAUAAAGAAAUUUUAUAAAAGACUUGUCAAUUUUUGCAGGUAAUAUAAACUGUUUUUUAGAGCAAAGUUAAUGAAAUUUAUUUGACAUAAGCUAAGUGUUAAUUGACUUAAAAAUUCCUCAUCAAGCAAUGAUGUACUCCAUUUAAUAAGAUUUUUUUUCAUGAAUCAUAUGUAGUAUUACAGUCAAUUCCAGAGACAAAGUUAUUGUGAUGUUCUCUCUUGUUUGUGCAAUAUUUAUUUUUUUGUCUUCGACAGAGAUUUUUGCCUCUACUUGUUGCAGGUGUUUUCUCUCAUGCAUGCAUGUGCUUACUGCGCUUAUCUGGACCAGAAAAACAUGAUUGAUAUUUUUUCUUGCAUAUCUAAAACAAUCAAUUUGUGGAAAAAAUGACAUAGAAAACACACUUUUGUACAUUUCACCAAAAAGCCCUGCGACGUUACUGACUUAAUAAAGCGCAGUAAUUUUAAAGCUGCACUCUCACAGAUUUACCCUUUUUCCAACAUUUUUAAUUUUUGUUUUUGAAAGAGCAAAUUUUUGCGUAAAUAUCUGUAAACCAGUGAUAAAAGACUGUUACAAAAGAUCAGAUCGCAGCUUAUCAUAUUUCUGUCCUGAAAUUGAUGUUUUAUGCAUUUUACUUAAACCGUUAGUAACGGUGUAAGCCACAAAACAUUAAAUUUGGAAUGUAAAUAUGAAAAUCUGCGAUCUGAUCUUUUGUCAGCAGUCUUUCAUCACUUGUUAGCAGAUAUUUACGCAAACAUUUGCUUAAAUUCCAAGACAAAAAAAUAAAAAAGUUGGAAAAACGAAAAAUCUGUGAGAGUGCAGCUUUAAAUCACUAUUCACAUCAAAUUGUUCCUCUAAAAAAAUUGUUACAAUUAUUUAUUUUCAAUUUGAAGUAAAAUUAUAGAAUACUUAUAUAUUUUAUUGCGCUUAUUGAAAUGCGGUAAUAUACUUUUCAUAAACCAUACAAUAAAAGAAAUAAAAAGUGGCGUGUUGUUGCGCGUGACUCAUCUUACAUGGGGGGGGGUUAAGACAGGGUUUCCAGCACUGGUCACAUGACCGGAAACACUCGUCUGGUAUGCAAGAAUGUGCUUUCUCUCAUGAUUGUAUGUGCUUUCUCUCUUGCACCUAUGUGCUUUCUCUCAUGCGAGUAUGUACUUUCUCUCAUGCGAGUAUGUGCUUUCUUUUAUGCGAGUAUGUGCUUUCUCUCUUACGAGUAUGUGCUUUCUCUCAUGCGAGUAUGUGCUUUGUUUUAUGAGAGUAUGUGCUGCUUUCUCUCGUGCGAGUAUUUGCUUUCUCUCUUUCGAGUAUGUUCUUUCUCUCAUGCGAGUAUGUGCUGCUUUCACUCAUGCGAGUAUAUAAGUAUCUAUCAUGUGUUUCCAGUACGGAUAGAAAAAUCCAACCCGAGGGCACGCGCGUAAGCCGGUAAUGAGGCUUGCCGAGUUACCAGUCACGCAGCGUGCCCGAGGGUCGGAUUUUUCGAUCCGGACCAGAAAGACAUGAUUGAUAUUUUUUCUUGCAUACCUUUAAUUAUGAAUUUGUGGAAAAUUUGACGUAGAAAACGCACUUGUGUACAUUUCACCAAAACCCGCGUGCGAUGUUGUUUACUGACGUCAUAGAGCGCAGUGAUUUUGAAUAACUAAAAAUAGCAUUUUUUAACGAUUAUUUAUGUUCAAUUUUAAUUAAAAGUCUUGCAAAGAUACAUAUUUGAUUGCGCUUUAUUGGAAUGGCAUAAUAUAUUGUUCAUAAACCAUACAAUUUAUUGAAAUAAGAAGUGGCACGUUGUUGCGCGUGACUCAUCUUACAUGGGUUAUGUAAGAUGAGUUUUUCCAGCACUGGUCACAUGACCGGAAACACACGUCCGGUAUGCAAGAAUGUGUUUUCUCUCAUUGAGUGGUGACCUUGAGUUAAAUAAUAUAUUUCUUAUCAAUUACUAAAGAACUUUGGGCCAAGGGAUCUCAAACUUGGUAGGUUGGUAGGGAAUGACCUGUACAUGAUCCUUAUCGAUUUUGUUGUCAGUGGGUUAAAGGGCAAGCAUUUGGGAGGGCUAUACCCCUGGCGUUGAUGUCGGCGUCGGGUCAAAGUUUAAGGGAAAGUAGGGAUUUUCACUUAUAACCCCAAUACCCUUCAUUCAAUUCACUUAAUACUUCACACAUUUGUUCAGGGCCAUCACACAAUCAGGUUAGAUAACUCCAUAUUAUCCUUUAUACAAAGUAUGGCCCCUGAUUGACUAAGGAACUUAAGUUAAAGUUUUAGGGCAGGUUGGGAUUUUUAUUAAUAACUUCUAUACCUUUCAUUCAAUUCACUUAAUACUUCACACAGUUGUUGAGGACCACCACACAAUGAGAUUAAUAACUCAAUAUUAUCCUUGAUACAAGCAAUGGCCCCUGAUUGACUUAGGAACAUAGGUUAAAAUUUUAGGGCACGUUUAAGUUUUAGGGCAAGUUGGGAUUUUGAUAAAAAAAACUUCUAUACCGUUCAUUCAAUUGACUUAAUACUUUGCACAAUUAAUGACAGCCAUCUUACAAUAACGUUACACAACUCCAUUUUAACCCUACAAAUUAUGGCCCUUGAUUGACUGUUUUUGGGUUGUUGUUUUUUUUUAAUUCUUUCUUUUUAUUUCUUUUGAUAGGCACAUUUUUAUAUUCUUGACCAGGUUUUCACAAAGGGAAAACUAGUUAUUAGAAUGACUUGCAUCAUCGUUCCGGCAGGCUGGGCAGGGAAGCGUCAAAGUCACCUUAUGAAUCAAUUGACUUUAGCUUGGACACAUAGUUACCGAACUUGGUAUAUAGGAGUUUAAGGAGACCUUUCACGCCUUAGGAUAAAAGUAAAGGUCAAAGUUACUAUUAAUAGAAAAAUGGUUGGUAUUGAAUAACUUAAGUAAGGGUCGUCAUAUUGCGACCAAACUUGGUAUGUAUGAAGAGUUUAUAGAUCCCUUUCAUGAGAUUGUGGUUUUGGCCCUGAGAUUUUUGGUCUAGGUCAAGGUCACUGUUGAUAGAAAUAGAAAAAAGGUUAGUACUGCAUAACUUAAGUAAGAGUUUACAUAGUGUGACCAAACUUGGUAUAUAGGACAAGUUUAUGGAGAGCUUUCAUUGGAUUGCCUUUUGGUCACUGUUACUAAAAACAGAUUACUAUUUGGUACGGAAUAACUUUAGUUAUGGUUGACAUACUGUGACCAAACUUGAUAUGUAGGAAGAGUUUAUGGAGGAUUUCCAUGGGAUUGUGUUUGGGGCCCCUAGGAUCAAGGUCACUGUUACAAAAAAAUAGAAGAAAGCAGUUGAAACUGAAUCUCUUCUGCCAAUUAUUAAAAACCCUGUUUUGUCACAUCGCGGUUCGUGUUUACUUUUUAAUUUUAUUUUUUUAUUGCAUUUGACAGGCACAUACAACAUCAUAAUGGUAUUCAUUUUCUUAGUCAAAGUGGCGUAGUCGUGCUGCCUUACAACUGUUGCUUGUUUGUUUUAUGAUGCAACAUGUCAUGGAUCCUUUUAGUUUUCCAGAUAUUUCUAGCCAAUAUUUCUAAAGUACAUUAACUGUCAUUUUGACAGUUAUAUUUCUUUGCUUUAGUGGUACCCAUCCAUCAUUCACUGCCUCUAGAUGGCAGAUUUAUAGGACAUAUUUAGCUUGACUAUUCAAAGUAUAUUGGCUGUUAGCACCUUUAGGUCAUUAUCUCUGCAAAAGCAUCAUGAAUUGAAUUUAAACUUUAGACAUGUGUUCCCAACUGUCCAACCUGCUUAAUUAAUAAAGUUAGAUUAUAAGUAUCUUCCAUGGCCGAGAGUGUAAGAGGUUCAUUCUGACCGGAGCGUAGGGUGUUUUGCGGAAACGAGGUUUACCGAGUUUCCGCAAAACACCCUGCGCGAGGGUCGGGAUGAACCUAUCUUACACGAGCGGCUAUGGUAGAUGCUUUUUCUCCCACGUCAGUUAAAACAAAAAAAAGUUAAAUGUAUAUUUUUGGUGGAACUCUUUUGUCGUAGUGAAAAUAAUGCGUAUAGAUAUUUGAUAACUCGUCGUUGUCAUGGAUAUGUGCGCAUUGAUACAGAUUAUGUUAAUACUCAAAGCGGUCUUUAAAUAGUGCUGAUGAGAGUGGAGCAUUAUUUCAUGAAAGGUGCAUGCAAACUUUUUUAUGGUAACAUUUGAAGCGAGAAAUAGUUAAUUAGCAUUCUAAAUAUUGCCACAAGACAAGGUUUCUAUGGUGCUACAGGCGGCUGUCUUCAACAAGGGAGGUAACUUCAAUGUGAUGAUCAUAAAAAAGGAGUUCCAUACGGGCAUUUUAUCUUCGCCCGUGGGCAAGAUAAGAAUUUCUAGCAUGGUUAAAUUAUUGGAUCUACUUAUCUGAGGUGGGAGAAAACAUUAUCUUGAAUAUGAUGAAAAUUAUGGGUCUUUAUUAUUCGACUUAAAAUUCUGGUUAUGGUUUUCCAUUUAACCACACAUAGGUUAAUUUCUCAGCAACCACUUACAUUGAGACUUUAUAAAACAGUACUGAAUCAUCCAACCUACUUGAAUAACCAGGAUAGAUAACUCUAUUUUUUGCAUAUAAUGCAAAUUAUGGCCCUUUAUUAUUCGACUUUGAAAUUCUGGUUUCAGUUUUGCAUGUGCACAUACAUCAUAUAUUGCAUUGAAACUUAAGACAUCUGUUCCCAACAAUUCAACCUUUGAAAGCUAACCUCAUGUUAAAUAACUCUAUCUUGCAUAUAAUGCAUGUUAUUGCCUUUCUCAUUCAACUUCAUUCUUUUUAAGGGUUUGCAUGUAAGCUUGCAUACAUCAAUAUCUCAGAAACUACAGGAUUCAUUGUAUCAAAUCUUUACUCUAUAGGGCUCUUAGCCAUCCAACUUACUUAAUUAAUCAAUUUAGAAAGCUCUUUCUUGCAUAUAUUAUAUAUUUAAAAAACUCUAUGGUAUAUAAUAUAAAGUUUCUCCCUAUAUUAUUUGACUCAGAAACUACUAGAUGUAUUGCAUUGAAACUUUAUACAAUCUAGUAGAUAACUCUAGUUUGAAUGUAACGCAAAGUUAAGUAUUGCUCUGUAUUAUUAUCCCCCGCCUAUGAAAUAGGGAGGGGGAUAUUGAAAUGGCGUUGUCCUUCCGUCCGUCUUUCCUUCCGUCCGUCCGUCCGUCACCUGUGUUUUCUCAGUAACGGUAUAAUUUCAUGAAACUUAAAAUAAAUAUGAACCACUAUACUGGAAUGAUGCCCGUCCAAAAAAAAAUUGGAUUGGUCAAUUGUCCUUGGAGUUAUUGCCCUUGAUUUUUUUAACAAUGCACAUUCACAGCCAUUUCUCAGUCACUAGCUGGCAGAAUUUCAUCAAACUUAUAAUAAAUAUGAAUUACUAUACUGGGAUGAUGCCUGUUCAUUUUUUUUUGGAUUGGUCAAUUGUACUUGGAGUUAUUGCCUUGGAUUGUGUAAUUUCUAUAUGAGUUAUUUGCCCUUGAUUUAUUAAAAGAUCCAUGUUUGCAGCCUUUUCUAUGCAACUAGCUGGUAGAAUUUCAUGACACUUGGAAUAAAUAAGAACCAACGUAUGGACUAACAGCUCACAAGUCACAAGGUAGUACAUAUAAUCAUAUGAUAGCAGACUUGCAGAAACCCCAAAAGGCCCAGAAAAUGGCAACACCGCAAGGCCUAGCAUACACCAUGCUAAGUAGAGCAACAUCUAGAGCAGGCAUUCAGGUGUUAAAUUUCAGUAAAUCUGACAUCACAGUCAACAGAAAAGCACUGGAGGAAACUAAACGAAUGCAAGCUGAGUCUAUGCUUGACAUACCAUCAUUGCAUGACGGUGAUUUGUAUUUAGGUCAUGUCAACAUCAGAUCUUUAAAUAAGCAUGCAUGUGAUCUAAUCAUUGACCCAACUGUUCAACAGAUGGCUGUUCUGUGCUGUACUGAAACAAAAGUUAUAAGAUGCCGCAAACAAACUUUAAUUCUUGGUUACAAAAUGAUCCUGGACAAUAGAAAGCAUGGACUUGCAAUUUUUGUCAAAGAAGAACUUGUGUUCAACACGUUAGACUUCCUACUUGAAGAAUCUGAUAUUGAAAUUCUUGGAAUAUCUCUACAUUUGGAUAACCUUGUAUACAACGUCAUAGUUGGUUACAAGUCACCAACUUAUCCAGUUGAAAGGUUUCUCCAAAGCUUACAGACACAUAUAAGGAAGUUACAGAAUCUGCUUAUCUUUGGAGAUUUCAAUCAAACAUUGAACACUGCAGCAUUUAACUUUUUCUUGGAGACAAUGGUUUUCAGCAAUAUAUCAGAACUCCGACCCACAGCCUAGGAGGUACCCUAGACCUAAUUAUCAGUCCUAUGACAAACCAGCAGACAACUACAAAGCCACUGCCAUACACAGACCACUACCUGAUUGCAGUGAAACUGGGCAAAACAUGUGCCGUUGUGAAGUCAACUGAAUGAAUAUGGUAUCAAAUCAUAUACAUUUAUUAUAACACUGUCUGAUAUAUAAUUAUCCAUGCAUUUUAGCGCCACUUUAAGAAGAGUAAAGAUAUCUAUUGUAUUUGUGUCACUGUUGGUUUAAGUAGCAAAACCUAGUAUUCACAUUUUUCCUGUGUUAUUUAAGUAAUAAUAAAUGACAUCCCCUUAGUAUUGUAAUAUCGAUUUUUAACCCAUUCACCGCAUACCUAUGCUGUUGAAAAUAGUGCAGUUCCAGAUAAGACGCCGCUUUUAAAGGUGGCGUCUUAUCUUAUACUGUACUGUUUUGCAAUGAUUGAUGUUUCCGAGUAAGCAGUUUCGGAAAAGACAGUUUUAUUUAAUCAUCCCUCUGAUUUAUUUCGUUAAAAAUUUUUAUCAUAAAGUAGUCCCGGUCAAUAUUUUAUAAUUUGGCUCGGAAAGGGAUAAACCAAUGUGCUUAUCUUAUUCUUUCUGAGAUUUUUUUUAACCUUCAAGCACAAACAAGCCAUCAAGCACAAACAAGCCAUCGUUGGCGGGGGAUAUCUUUUCGCUGAAAAUGCUUGUUCAACUAUGAAAUUCUGUUUAAGGAGUAGCAUGUUAGCACACACAAGUCAGUAUCUCAAUAUGAAGCAACUGCUUCAUGUAUUGCAUUGAAACUUUAAACAAGGGUUCUCAACCAUUCAUCAUACUUAGUUAAUCAAGUUAGAUAACUCUAUUUUGCAUAUAAUGCAAAUACUGACCCUUUAUUAUUUGACAAAGAAAUUAUUACGGUUUUCCUUCCAGUCCAGGAACUUCAUACUAGGUAUGCAAGUUGAUCAUGACCAGUAGAUGACCCCUUAAAAAUCCAAUAUGUUGGGGGUGACUUGAAAAAUGGUUCGCUCAAUAACUAAAGAACACUUGCACCCAGAAACUUCAUACUUAAAGUAGAUGACCCCUAUUGAUUUUCAGGCCAGUUGAUCAAUGGCCAAAGGUGACCUUGAGGUAAAAUAAACGUUUUUGCUGAAUUACUAAAAAAUGCUUGGGCCCAGGAAUUGUAUACCUGGUUUAGUUGGUCUUGAUAAUACCCUAUUGAUUUCGAUGUCAAGGUCACAGUGACCUUCAGGUGAAAAAACAAUUUGUCACUAGUCUGUAUGACACAAUUCUUUCCGCUCAAUAACUAAAGAAUGCUUGGACCCAGGAACUUCAUACUUGGUAUGCAGGUUGCUCAUUUCCAGUAGAUGACUCCUAUGUUUGUUUGUCUCCAGUCCAAAAGUACAAAUUUUAUGUCCAUCAUUGAUUUCUCACCUACGUAUACACAAAAGGGGAAACAAGCGCUUUUUCAAAAAAAGCAAUCUAGUUAAAUUUUCAAUUUACCACAGUUUCUUAUUGAAGCCUCUAGAUACUUUCAUUUCAGUAUCAAAUGUUUUCAGCUCACAGUGAUCAGUCUAUGUCAGGCGUACGGCAUCAACAAUUGCUUUUAACAACAUCUUCUCCUUAACCACUUUGCUAAUUUUGAUGAAACUUCACAGGAAUAUUCCAUGGCUAGCCCCCUUUCAAAUUUGUUCAAAGAAGUGAAUUCCGAGCAGAACUCUGGUUGCCAUGAUAACUGAAAGGAAAAACUUUAAUCUUCUUGACAAGAACCAUGAGGCUAGACGCCCUAGAGGUUUGAUAUUUGGUGUGUUAUUUUGCCUAGUGGUCCUCUACUAAGUUUGUUCAAAUCAUGCUCCAGGGGUCAAAACUGGCCCAGGUUUCACAAGUUUCUUUCAUACUUAUAUACCGGUAGGUACAUCUUUGAAAAUCUUCUUGUCUGCGACUGCUAGGCCCUGACCCUUGAUAUUUUGUAUGUAGCAUCAUGUAGCAGUCUUCCACCAAGUUUGUUCAAAUUUGCCCCUAGGGACAAAGUUGGCCACGCCCUGGGACAACUUCCUGUUUUUCUUUUAAAAAAAAUAAUUCUCGAUAACUACAGUAUCAAUUUAUUGAAACUUCACAAGAAGGUUAGUUGGGUGACCAUUUACUAAAAUACAACAAGGCCUCUGAAUUGACCUACAACAACAAUAAAAAACAGCCGACUUUCCAUUGUACAUUUCAAAAAUCUAUUUGAAAUAUGAUUUUUCUUAAGCUGUAUUUAAGAUACAGGAAACUCAUUCAAUACUUAAAUUCCAGAAGUUCUGAAAAACUUUUCCAUUGUAUGUUUAUGGUUUCAUUGUAAUAUAAAAAAAGUUUUAUGCAGAUUGAAAUUCCAUAUUGUUCAUAUCUUUAAGUGAAGCUAUACUCUAGUGAUAGGAAAAGACUUUCUGAGGUCAAGCCUUGUCAAUGUGUGUAUAUCACGUGAUAAAUUACGUCAUAUAUGCUACAUCAGAAGGCAAUUUUCUGCUUAAAAUGAAGACUUAAAACAAUGAUUACUUUUCUUAAACCAUUUUAAAUGAAACAAAAGGCAGUCUUUGCCGCUGGAAGAGUCCCACCUUCGUUUUAUUACCGGAGUUUGAUAAGGUGAUUAGUUUCAGCAAAAAUACUUCAACAAACCUGUUUCCAAAAUGAUGUUUUGACAGUGCUUUGUCAGACGGAAGUUUUGCGAAAAUGCUUGACAAAGUGUUUUAAGAAACUAAACUCUCGAUCAAAUUCUAGUAAAAAACGAAAGGCCAGGCUCCGUAAGUGACAUAGACUGCGCUAUGUUUUAGUUAAAAAGGUGAAGAAAUAUUGGUUAUCUUUGUUUAAAGUAUUCGGUCGAAGCAAAAAAAUGCCUUCUGUCUAGCAUUUAUGACGUAAUUUAUCAUGUGGUAUACUCACACUGCUUGUAGUUUAACCUUUACAUCACCGGUCAGAAAUCAGCUGCUUUUUACCCAAAUCUUCAGACCUUGUGAAACCUACAGUAAGCAGAUAACAUGUUUUAUGAUGCGUAUAUCUUAUAUUCAUAAAUCCAUCAGAAUAGGCCAAAAUGGUAGCAUAAGUCAAGUUUCUGGGACUGUUCUUGUUUACUUUUUAGGAAAUAGUAAUUUCCAAACAAAGUUUGCCGCUAGACUCCAUAGUACUAUAAUCUCUAACUAAAGUCAUUUUUUUUUAAAUCCAAAAAAAGGUUUAAAAAAUGGUGACAAGAUUAAACAUGUUAAAUUACAAGUCAGUGGAAAAGAUAUAUAAAAUAAAGCAAAAACAUUGGCGCUGAAACAUAAUAUCGUAAUAGUCUGUUUAAAGCUGCAUUCUCACAGAAUGACCAUUUGGACAACUGUUGUUUUGUUGUCUUGGUUACUGUAUAGGCCAAUCUUUGUGUAAAUGUCUUGAAAACAGUGAUAAGCGACUGCUGAUAAAAGAUCAGAUCGCAGUUCUUCAUAUUUAAGUUCGGAAUUGGCCAAAAGGGUUACUUGUGCUUAAAGAAAAAUGAUAUUUUCAGCAGUUUUUCUAACAAUUGACAUACUGUUAGUUAGGCUGUGUUUUUUUUCGUAAGUACAACUCCCUGUUUACUCCCUGUUUGGGUGCAAAGCUGACUAAAUGAACUACUUAAUGUCAAUUGUGUGUAUUACCUAACAAAUGUUUAUAGGCAGUGUUUUUCUUCUCAUCUCAGGUGAGCGAUUCAGGGCCAUGUUGUUUAUUUUACACUCCGGCAUUAUCACUGGAAGCAAGUUAUUUUCACAUUAUGUUAACCAAUCUUGUUGACAUGAUGUUACGUGUGAGUGUGGUCUUGUGUUGUGGGGGAAACCAGAAUGCCCAGAGAAAAUUUGAUUGUCUGGCUUGGUAACUACCAACCAAACUCACAUGUGCCCGAGCCAGGAGUCAAACACAGGUUGCCUUGGUGAGAAUCUUUUCACUUUCCAUCCAUUGUAAAGUAGGAAUUCUCCAUUUUCCGUAAAUUCUAUUUUCAAUUUUAUUUUAAAUAUUGACAGUGCAUAGAAAUUGAUUGUUCUUAAGUAAAAUGUUUGCCAAGUUUUUAUUACCUCUUAGUUCUACGGGGCUGUAUAUUUUGUGUGCCAAAUGUUAACUGAAGUAAAUUAUUCUUAUACUGUUAUUUUACUUGUUUUAAUUACAUAUUCUCUAAGCUGUUUCUAUUCUGCAUUAUUUUUCAGUCAUCUUUUUUUGACGAAAAUGGUGAAGUAUUGUCAUAGCCAUGGUGUUGUUAUCUUUGUCAGUGUUGUGCAAAAUCUUAAACCUUGGCUAUAGCUCGAAAAACCAUUCAUGAUUUUCACAUAAAACUUGGUACACAUUUUUCCAGAGACAAUAUGCAAUUUUUGUGUCACAAGGCCAAUAACUCUUGCUUUAAUAAAUGUAGAUUUAUGUCCCUUUUUUAUAACAGAUGCGCAUAAGUGAGUACUCCUCGGCACUCUUGUUAACCAAUAUUGCAUGAAAUUAUGCAUUUUCAUACUUUUGUCAGAGUAGUGAUCUGUAUUUUGCUAUGAAACAUAAUUGAUAAAAACCGGUUUAACUUUAUUAUUAAUUAACUGAUUGUCUUGUUAGUGAAUUGUUUUAAGUUUUAGUGCUCACAUAAAAAAUUUCUGCCAUGUUGUCCGUUUUGAUGGUUUUGAGCUCUACUGGCCAAAGGCCAGAAGAGCUUAUGCAAUGGUAAUGUGUAUGUAGUAUGUGCAUCCGUGCGUCCGUGCGGUCGUGCGUUCGUGCGUCUGUAAACAAUUGCUUGUGAACACGAUACAGUCUUCAGUUUUGAUUGCAUCUCGAUGAAACUUGUACAGUAUCUAGAUAUCCAUUAGAGCUCGGUUCCUUUCGAAAACCAGCAAGAUCCGCCCAUGAAUGCCUAGAUUAUGGGCCAUGAAAGUUUUAAAGAAAUGCUUUCUAUUUUUAGCCAGGUCUGCAUGAGCGAAUUCUAUUUUUAGCCAAGUUUACAUGUACAUGUAAAUUCAAGUUAAGGGUGACAAUUUGCAAGACUAGGAUUUUGAGAGACAAUUUGCUUUUUGCUUCUGCAGUUGAUUUUGUGAAUUACUCUGCCUUGUUCGUGUUGAAAGCCCGAAGGCCAUUUUUUAGCUUUAAGUUCUGUAGUUUGCGCAUUAAUCUUAACAAAAUUGGUUGUGAAUGUUUAAGUUAUGCACCUGGUGUCAUUACUGGCCACACCCAGGGUUCACAGGUUUGGUAAACAUAAAUCUGGAAAGGUUUGAAAAUCUUUUUGUGUGUUCGUGCAACUCUCAGCACAACUGAUUGUGAAUGUUUGUUCAAAUUGAUCAAUGUUGUCCUAGGAUGCCCUUGAUUUUGAUCUUUUGACCAACUUAUUUAACUUUUAAAACUACAGAAAUUUGUACUAUGAGUACAGUUUUGAAAGCAUUUUUUUUGUCGGAUGACUUUUACUUUGCAUAUACUAAAAUAGUUCAUGCAGCUAAUCUGCUUAAAAUACUUUCUGGGCUCAGAUGUUGAAUGUGCUACGUUUUCAGGUAACCCAAACACAAAACAUAAACUAUAUGUUGGUUGCGUUUUACCCAUACAUACAUGCUCUGGAUUGAUAUAACCACAAAAGCCAUGCCAGUAGAGCAUAGGCCCUUUUGGGCCUCUUGUUUUGUAAUGAAAAAGUCCAGAUAUUGUUAUAUGCUUGGAGUCAUCAUGGGCACUGGCAGUGUCGAGCAAAUCUUAAAGGGACUGUACACCAGAUUGGCAGCAAAAAAAGUUUUUUUCUGUAACAAAUCUCAGUACAAUUAUUUAAUAGAAUGUGUUACGCUUUGAUAUCAUUAUUGUAAAAAAAGUACCAAAAUGUAAAAAAAAAAUGAGUCGGACACCGGUUUCGAACCUGUGUCGGCAAAAUUGCAGUCCAGCGUCGUAUCCACUGAGCUUCUUAUGCUUUCUCUAAUCGCGUGUCAUAAUUAGGCUAUACACCUAACUCGGUAAUAUCACGUGAUAACAUCGACCAGCCAAUCACGCAUAAGGAAUUAAUUCUACUAGGUAGACAUGCCCAGUAAUCAUUUUUAAUGGAAAAAUACGAAAUAACUGCUAAACUGAAAUAAAUUGUAAACUAUUUGGUACUUCAGUAAUUAAGUUUCAAUGCAUUGUGCACAUUAAUACCAACUUUAUGACAGUUUUCGACAAUUUUCUUUUUUUCUUGCGAAUUGAUCAUCUGGUGCACAGUUGCUUUAAGUCUUGGUCCUUGGCUUUUUCUCAAAAACUGAUAAAGAUAUUAACAUGAAAAGUAGUACACAUCGUCACCUUAGUGCAAGAACUCAAUAUCUGCUUCUAUAUCUAUAUGCAGUUAUUGAGUUAUUGCACUAAGGUAAAGUCAUGUUCACUAUGAUAAUAUGCACAGAUGAAAUAUUUUUUGAGAAAUGCUCCUUGAUCAAUGGAAAAUAAUGGAUGAGUUCUAGUAUCCGCUCUUGUUUUCCCUUCAUUUCGCUUCAAAUUUAAUGUCAAUUUUUUUGAAUGGUUGAAUUUGCUGAUCAGUUACUUAUGAAAAAAAUCAAAUGGCAGAAAUAUUACAGCAAUAAAAAAUAUUGAUCAAAAUGUAACUGAAUAUUACUUUUGAAAAACUGAUCAGGACAAAUUUGUAGUCUGGUUGAAUGUACGUGUAAAAUUAAGAGCAGGUCUCUUAUUGGACAUUUUUGUACAUAGCUGAGUAAAAUAAGUAAUAUAUUGUGUGUUUAUGUAUGAAGUGUGUUGUAUAUAUUUAUUGCCUAGUGUAUACUGUAUAUUAAGUUGCUAAUGUGUGUGUUUGUGUGCAUUAAUAUUCAGUUGUUCUUAAUACUUUGAACAUGGCCAAAGAAAGACAAGCUAUUUUGGGGUGUUGAUUCCAAUAUUUUAGCACACAUUUGAAGUUUUGUUUUCUGUGUUUGCAAACAUUGUUUUUUCUCUAAGUAAGCAAUAGAUCUUUCACUGAGUACACAUGAAUAAUUAAAGCUCAAAAGGCAUUUCACUUUCUAACAAGAAGCAUUGACUGAAGGUCAUCAUAGGACUAAACUUUCUUGUGUAUAAAGAAAUAUUCUUAUCAUAUGUUAAUAAAUUGCUUGUGGAGGGGAAUGGUUAUAUUUUUCUCAGCUUCUUCAAACUACAGUGGAAACUCACUAAACCGGAUCUCCACAAAACCGGAAUCCUCGGGAUACCGGACUUUUUUCAGAGUCCCGGUUUUCCCCUUCUAUUUUCAAUGUAAAAUAAUCCCUGCAAAACCGGAACCUCGGAAUUCCAGAUACAGGACAAAAAAUCGAGAAAAUUUGUUAGUUGUCAAUGUAAUUUUACCUCACAAAACCGGACGUACAUUUGUUCAAACAUGUCAAAAUGAUUUUGUGUAUUAGGAAUUCGCAAAUCGCGUGUCACUUUGUCACUUUGUUUUGACAACCAGUGCAUCGUUAAAUAUUGCAUACAUCCGUCUAAACGUCAACUUCCCUUUAAUGGUUAACUAAGUUAAUAUUUUGAGUAAACUUACUCCGUACAUCAAAUCCUCACUAAACCAGAAUCCUCACUAAACCGGAAAUUUUGCCCAGUCUGGACCUUGUCCGGUUUAGUGAGUUUUCACUGUAUUAUCUUAUUUUUUUAAAUCUUCAUAGAAUUUGAUGUCAGUUUGCCAUAGAUAUCAAUGGCCUGUAAGUUUGCCUUAGAUAUAUUUGACCUGUAAACCUGUAAGUUUGCCAUAGAUGUCAAUGACCUGUAAGUUUGCCAUAGAUAUCAAUGACCUGUAAGUUUGCCAUAUAUAUCUAUGACCUGUAAUGUUGCCAUAGAUAUCAAUGACCUGUAAGUUUGCCAUAGAUAUCUAUGACCUGUAACAUUGCCAUAGAUAUCAAUGACCUAUAAGUUUGCCAUAGAUAUCAAUGACCUAUAAGUUUGCCAUAGAUAUCAAUGACCUGUAACAUUGCCAUAGAUAUCUAAGACCUGUAGCAUUGCCAUAGAUAUCAAUGACCUGUAACAUUGCAAUAUAUAUAUCAAUGACCUGUAACAUUGCCAUAGAUAUCAAUGACCUGUAAUGUUGCCAUAGAUAUCUAUGACUUGUAACAUUGCCAUAGAUAUCAAUGACCUGUAACACUGCGAUACUGUAACAUUGUGAUAGAUAUCUAUGACCUGUAACUUUGCCAUAGAUAUCUAUGACCUAUAAGUUUUAAUAAUCUUAUUGCAGUUGUUGAUGGAUUUUAAUUAAUCUUCCUUGCACUUUAUUGAAUUAACUCAAUAGUCAAUACAGUGGAAUAUAUCAAAUACAUAAAUAAAAGUAGUAUUUCAUUUUAUUUUUUCAUAGCAGGUUGUUAUUGUUAUUCAGUAAGCCGAUAACAUAUGUGGAGUGAUUGUUCGUUAUUAUCUUUAACAUAGUUAUGUUUUAUUUAACCUAGUUUUAGAGCACUAGUGUUUCAGUGUAUUAUAUUGUUUCUGUAUUAACUGACAAAUACAUGAUCAAAGUUU